AUGACGGUCGAAGAAGUCAAGAACACGACUUCGAACGAAGCCCGGGACGCCAAAGACACCAAAGUCCCAGGCAGAGUCUCGACAGCAGAGUCUUCGUCGUCGGAGUCUUAUGAUGGCCCUCGCGCCUAUUCCAAGCAGAUCGAUUCGGCGUUCGACACCACCGAGGAUCCUCGCUUUUAUAAGCCUAUCCCCGAAUAUGAGGGCAUUCAUCGCUGGGACCCGGAGUUCGAGUGGACUGAAGAGGAAGAAAAGGCCGUGGUGAAAAAGAUCGACUGGCGAGUCUGCACAUUUGCCUGUGUGACCUUUUUCGCACUCCAAUUAGACCGCGGCAACAUCGUCCAAGCAACAUCAGACAACAUGCUAGACGACCUCAAAAUGACCACAAACGACUACAACACCGGCCAAACAAUCUUCUACCUAACAUUCCUCUUCGCCGAGCUCCCCUCCCAGCUGCUCUCCAAAUGGUUCGGUCCGGACCGCUGGAUCCCCUUCCAGAUGCUCAGCUGGAGUAUCGUCGCCGCCUGCCAGGCGUUCAUCAAGAGCAAAGGGGGUUUCUUCGCGACCCGUGCCCUCCUCGGUCUUCUAGAGGGCGGUUUCAUCGCCGACACCAUCCUAUUCCUCUCCUUCUGGUACAAAUCAAAGGAACUGCCCAUCCGCCUCAGUUACUUCUGGGUCACAUACGAAGCGACCUCCAUCGUCAGCGCCUUCCUCGCCUUCGGAUUCCUGCAUAUCCGCAUGUCCGACGGAACCGGUGGCUGGCGAUACCUGUUCGCCCUGGAAGGUCUCAUCACCGGACUGAUUGGCAUCAUCGCUGCCUUCUGGAUGCCAGCGUCCCCGACCCAGACUGCAGGCCGGUUCCGCGGCAAGGACGGAUGGUUCAACGAGCACGAGGAGAAGAUCAUGGUGAACCGCGUGCUGCGCGAUGAUCACAGUAAGGGCAGCAUGCAUAAUCGUCAGCCGGUGACGCCAAAGUUGCUCUGGGCCGCGCUGAAAGAUUACGACAUGUGGCCUAUCUACCUCCUGGGCUUGACGUGGAUGAUCCCCAAUACCCCUGCGACGUCUUAUAUCAGUCUGGAAUUGAAGUCGCUGGGCUUCAGCACGUUCCAUACCAAUUUGUUGACGAUCCCGGCCUACGUCAUCUUUAUUAUCAACUUGUUGGCGUGGACUUGGGUCUCUGAGCGCUUUAAUCAGCGCUUGUUGCUGGGCGUUGGGGCUGAGAUCUGGGCGCUGGCGCUUUUGAUUGCUCUGGAGCUGUUGCCGGAGAAUUCGAGUACCUGGGCUCGAUGGAUCCUGUUGGUGCUUUUGAUUGCUAUGCCUUAUGUGCAUGCUAUUAUUGUUGCUAUUACCUCCCGCAAUGCGGGGUCUGUUAGGACGAGGACCGUUGCCAGCGCUGUUUAUAACAUGACGGUUCAGGCCAGUAGUAUCAUUGCCAACAAUAUCUAUCGCGAAGAUGAUAAGCCAUUGUACCGCAGGGGUAACAAGGUUCUCAUUGGCAUCGCGUGUUGGAGUAUGGUGAUGUUUAUCAUUGCCAAGUACUACUAUGUGUGGCGAAACAAGAAAAAUGCCGCCAUCUGGAACAACAUGUCCAGCGAAGAAAGAAAGCAAUAUGUCGCCGAGAACAAAGACCUUGGCAACAAGAGAGUCGACUUCAAGUUUUUGCACUAG